AUGCUUGUCACAUUAGCUGACAGAUCUUUCUCUGCUGCUGCCCCAUAUUUAUGGAAUAGUUUGCCGGCUGGAUUACAUGAUACUCAAUCAUUAGCUAUUUUUAAAUGUAAGCUGAAAACUUCUUUAUUUCGUGCAGCUUUUACAAUAUAACCUGUUUGACAUUCACUUUAUUAGUGUUACUAAUUAAGUUUAUUAUCAUUACAAAUAUUAUAUAUUAUUAUUAUUAUUAUAGAUUGUUAAUAUUCAUAUACAUGUAAUUAGUUUUAAAAAUUUGAAUUUUAUCACAGUUUUUUAAGUUGCUCUAGCAGAUUUGUUUUUUCCUAACCUGUGUUUACCACAGAUAACAGUUAUCGGGAAGUGCUGGCCUUUUUCUAAGACUGAUUGGUUUUGCAUGCCUUAUGCACUACCAGCUGGAUUUGGUCAUGUAUUAUUAAUAUACAUGGAUACUGUUUGUUUUUGGUAUGUCGUGGGACCUGCAGCACAUUUUCGACCAAAUGAUAAUCGGAAUAAAUAGAAACCGUUUAUUUGUAUUUUACAGACUGAGCAGGCUUUGAAACCCCCCUCCUAUACCAUAAAAAAAUUUCAGGUGUCGAUAAGAUUUCAUGGAUGAAUUUUCUGUAGCAACGUUCCACCCAUGCAUGUAUGUAUUAAUAGCUCAUUCAAUGACAUCAUUUACCGUAUUUCUUCACCUAUAAGCCGAGCGAUUUUUUCAGUUUUCGACCCAAAAUUUUGGGAGAUUUUUCACGGAGAACAGGGUUUGGCUUGUAGCCAAGGGUUUUACAUUUUAAAAAUAUACAGUUGCUGAAUAACUUUACCCCCCCGGCUUGUAGUCAAGUUAGCAAUGAAGCAGAAGUAAUAAAACACAGCAAAAAUAACUUCUGAAUAUUGGUUAUUCACUUUUAUGAAAUUGGUGGCUCCUAAAGGAGCCGUUUGACGGAUAACAAGGCUGGUGUGUGUGGUUUAGCCAACAGGAGGAUACAAAAUAUGAUGAUUUGUAUAUUCAAAUGUCUCCAUUUUGGUAAAUAUCCGUGCUAUUUAAAACAACUGAUCAAGUUAAGAUCUACUGCUUACGCCCACAUAUGGUCUAAAUUCCUUUAGCUAUUCAUCUGUUAAGUACUGGAAUUCUCUACCUGAUCACUUUAGAAAGACUGUAGAUUAAAGUGAAUUUAAGCGCAAAUUGUUAGUGCACGGUUUUAGUUAAUACUACAUUAAUUAAUAUAAUAUUAUAUAUGUUGUAACUUUUAAAAUUAGUUAGGAUCGGAGAUACUAGCUAUGUAAGCUACACUAAAAUCCAAGGAUAAAUAAAGUUUAUGUAUGUGUGUAUGUAUGAUUUGGUCGGUUGAAGUAGGCAGGUACAGGAAGGUUAUUCCUCCUGUUGAUGAUAUCUCUGCGGUGUUCUCGAAAAUGGUCUGCCAACCUGCGUCCAGUGUCCUCAAUGUACACUAUCGACGUACACUUGGUGCGCGACAAGCAAUAAACUAUGUGUUCAGUGAUGCAGGAAUAAUGUCCCGUGAUGUAAACAUGCCCUUUGGGUGUUGUAAUUGUGGAUGAUGAAUUAACAUGGGGACAUGUGCGGCAAACAGUCCUGUUACAAGGGAAAGUACCUGGUGAUUGGUGUGGAAGAUUUUGAGGGAGGCUGUUUCUGACUAAUAGAUCCUUCAGAUUCUUGGCACGCCUGAAAGCCUUCAAUGGUGGUUUAUUAAAGAUCUUGCUUGUCCUGCUAUCCUCGGAAAGGAUCCGGAAAUUCCUUGAGAUUAUUUUCUUGACAACAACGUUACUGGGAAGGAAGGUAGUGACAAAAGGUACUCUAUCCUUAGCGAUGUUGUUAGCAGUGACACUUCAAAAUUUCAGCCCUUGAUUUGGUUGAUGCUUGUUCCCUUCCCGUUCUAAUGAGGCCAUUCGGAUAUCCGCGUGCUGCAAGGAAGAUCUCCAAUUUUGCUGCCUCAAUGUCGAAGUCAGCGUCAUCGCUACAGAUCUUAUGCAGUCUGAGAAACUGACUAUAAGGUAUGGAUGACUUAGAACUGUAAGGAUGGGAUAAGCUGAAGAUGAGGUGAGAGUGGCUAUCCAUGGCUUUGUAAUGUAUAGAAGUGGCUAUGCGAUUAGCUUGAGGCUUCAUGCAGAUAUCCAGGAAAGGAAUAGAGAGGGUAAACCUAGUGUGAUUUGCCGAUGACGACUUCCAGUUCCUCACCGUUGGUCAACAAAGCAUUGCUGCUGGUUAAGCAUCACCGCAUACACGGUUUCUAGCCCGUUAUCACGGUCACGCGCCACGUACGCCCGUGGCCGAGGUCUUGUUCAGUUGUUGCUUGGAAGUUCGAGGAUAUGGAAGAACAUGUACACCUCUGUUACUACUAAUGGUAUCUUGAUUUAUUCGUUUUAACUGCCAAACGAGCAUUCAAACAAGUGAGAGGCCCCAAGCUGGAAACAUGCACUGAAUAUUAUUAGUAACGCCGGUUCGUUCGUGAUUUUCACGGCCAAGGUAAUAAAUUUUUUUAAAAGGAACCUCCAGUGAUGUCUUUUGCUUUCCAGGGUUUUAAUUUUGAAGAUCCAAAAGUCCUUAUUUGGUAUCUACAGCGUUGUGCAGCGAUGAUGCAGCCUCAAGCAUCGUUUUUAUUCAGGUUGUCAUAUGAAGUGGUUUCAAUGUUUAUAUCUAAGUCUCAUUGCAGCUUUUAAGCAGCGGCCCGCAGUGCUGCUUUACUGCUGCUUUACCGUGGCAACAUUUUGCAGCACUUCUGCAGUGCACAAAAUGUGACGUUCUCAGCUUGAGCGACUCACAAGCACUGCUUUACAGACGCUUAAGCGCUGUGCAACCAUAAAAGUGUACCGCUACAGCGCUGCGGCAGCGUUGGGUCGUUCGUACAGGAAAUUCCUGGUCCAGAUAAGAGUGACAUUAACCCAUCUAGUCUUCUUAGAAAGUUUUACCGCCAUGUUGUAAUGGAAACUACGGUCUUGGUGAAAUCAUCACUAUGCCAUUCAAUGCAAACAACCCAGUGCAGAACUUUCGCCCUAGUUUUAGUUUUAAACGCAGACUUUUGCAAUUGCAAAGCUCUCUCGAGAAGGAAAUGCAGUCAAAUUUGCCCGACUGUAGGUAAUUAAGUAAACCUGCUUCUGUUGUCGAUUGUCUAGCCUUUCCAUUUUAAAGAUAACACUUGUUCUGUGGGCUCUGUGUAAAGAGUGAGGUCAUCAGGGAAAAGAACCGAGCACCCCCCUCCCCCCCACAAAAAAGAAAAACAAACAUUUAAAGCUAUUCAUGGAUUGGUGCCUAAGUAUAUCAUAGAACUAAUUAACCUAAGCCUAGGUCUAUAUAUAAUCUUGGAUCAAAUCAAAGUUUAUUGCUAGACCCUCCUAAAGGGAAAAUGCUUGUCACAUUAGCUGACAGAUCUUUCUCUGCUGCUGCCCCAUAUUUAUGGAAUAGUUUGCCGGCUGGAUUACAUGAUACUCAAUCAUUAGCUAUUUUUAAAUGUAAGCUGAAAACUUCUUUAUUUCGUGCAGCUUUUACAAUAUAA